GUGUGCGUGCGUAUAUAUAUGAACCUGUGUGUGUAUAUAUGUGAGAGACCUUUUCAGGCCCUUGGACAGCGCCGCUCCCUACUCUGUGCCCCACCACUCUGUUCGAGAGGAGCGUGCGAGCUUCGGGGCUUCGACUGCACGUGGCUUAUUAACCGGCACGAGCUACAGAACUAGGAUAGUAAAAAAAAGCAUUACAACUUUAUUCGAAUACAGCCUCACCGCUGGGGCGACGUGUAAGCGCUACAGGUAGGUUAACCUAGACUGCCGUCUAAGUGGCGUGCGAGAUAAAGCUGCUGCGCUAAUUAUUUACAUUCUUGUCAGUGCGGGGCGAUUUGACAUCGAGUUGAGUGGCUUACUCUAAACCAACAGGGCUGCGUGGUGUGAAGAUCGUUGACUGAGCCCUGCUCUUCAACAUUCGGCUCCGGCGCUUCGGGGGCAAACGGGAUCGGAACCAUGAGCCCCAUGCGCUCGUUCCAAGCGACAGUCGCCGCCGUCUGCUUGGUCCUGACUCUGCACUGCCCGGGUCGCGACUCGUUCCCGGCCACCGACACGGAUUACUUCGCGCUGCGGCCGGAGCGACACGCCGAUGCGCUCUUCCACAACAACUACAAGAAGCUGCUGGGACAGAUGUCUGCCCGGCGCUACUUCGAGUCCCUGCUGCAACAGGGCAAGCGGAUCGAUGAAGAGGAGCCCCCCUUCGAGGAGUCACAGGCGUCGUCCGUCUACAAGCGCCACUCGGACGCGGUGUUCACGGACCUGUUCAGCCGCCUGCGCAAGCAGCAAGCGGCGGAGAAGUACGCCAAGUCCAUUCUGUCCAAGCGAAGGAUGAUGAGCCCAUCGGAGCAAGGCGACUCCCUGGUGCCGUCCGGCGAGCUGGACUUCGCCGGACUGGAGGAUUACUAUGAGCCGGGCACCUUGCGAGACAUCGUGCAGCACAUCGCCGAGGGUUAUUGACAGCGACGGGAAACCUGCCGGUGCCUUUGGAGGAUUUAUAAAAGAUUACGUGCCGCUCAUCAUCACAAAACAGCGACGACAAACAACGACGACAACAACAACAACGACCACGACCACGACGACUUACCGCUGCGACAUCCGCCUUGACGGCGACAACGGCGACAAAAGUCGCGAGCAAAUUCCGGCUGAGCGUAUUCGAACGGUGCCAUCCAUCGUGAUCUCCGAUAUUCCGUAGAUGCGCGUAGACCCCCCGCCCUUCUCCCCCAACCAACCCCCUCCGAUCGCCCACCCACAUUAGUCGAGAACCACAACGCACGGCAGGUGCGUUGUGGUUCUCGACAUGGCUCUGUCUGGCAUGGCUCAACUUGUUUUAUUAUUUAUUUUUGCGUCGGCUCGCGCGCUACGGAGAGGGCCCAUGGGCAUUAGUCACCUCGACAUUAGUCGACGGUGGCGCGAACCGUAAAGUCAACGAUCAUACCGUGGCACUGCCGACUACGCUAAGACGGCGGAGCUCCGUAGAGCCUUACCAGACUCCCGGGGCCUCGUGCCGUUUGCGAGUAGCACUGAUGAAGGCCGCCAGGGCACGCGAGGGGGGUGGCUGGCCGACACCACGCCGGGCCGCCUUUGUCUGCUUAGUGGCGAUGUUGAUACACCGCACUAGGUACUCAUUUGAGGGUGAGUCGACCUACCGAUAUAUAUAUACACACGCGCGGACAUACAUCGUUCUUACGGACACGGUGUACUCCAAAACUAAUGCCGACUGCAAUUGAUUUCCACCACACCAACUCCUCCCCCCCCCCCACCACCACCCCCCCCCCCCCCACAUUAUUUAACCGAUACAAAACUUUAGAUUUGCGUUCACGGUGCCCGUGCCCCACUCGUCACGAACAUUUUGCGGUGCGGCAGAAGUUGUCCUCCCCGCGUGACAAUGCCAGACGGCGGACGCUCUCGGACCGCGCGUAACAAUUUUGUCAGGCGCAUGGCACGGUUUCCCUCGACCGGGUGGGCCCUCCAUCCACCGAGCGGACCCACAUUGGUCACUCACUGCCAGUUACUUCCCCUCUGAACGAUGGCAUUUGCGGGGCGAACAUUCUUGAAAAAAAUCACACUGCGGGCAGCACAAUGGAUGCUCGCAUACCAGUGGGGCUUGCUCGAUAUUAGCCGGGUCUGUCCGGGUCUGCAAGCCAGGAAAUGUAUCCGCACCUGGCACACCGCAUCCGGUAUACAUCUAGCUCUGACUGUCACUGUGGCUCAUGGUCAGGGAGAAAUUAAACCCUGGCUACUUGACUCCACGAUUUAUAAUUUGUUUUGCCAUGCUAGGAUACUGGUUCACAUUGAAGCAUGUGAUGAGACAUAGAUGGAGACGACGUUUAUAAACGUCCGAAAGUUGGCCGAAUGCCGCUCAAUAUUCCCAUGAUUGAAUAUCUAAACGCCGGAUUUAGGUGGCGUCUAGAUGUGACCGCUUCUUGAGAUGCUUUACUGACACAUCGGGCGUGGGUAUAUAUAGAGAUGUAUUUAAACCAUUUCACUGAGAGUGCAGCUCACAUUUAGAAGGCGGAGAGUUCAUAUCUUGGUUCGGGAAAUGAUUCAGUCCAUCAUCCCAAUGGGGACGAUAAAAUAAGUACUAAUUUGUUGAAAGCCAACACUGAUUACCCCAAAGAUACAUUAUCAGACAACUAUCGUAAGUUUAUUGCAGUCAGCACUAAGCAUUUUUCAACAAUAUCAGGGCAGUAUAAUAUUUAUAACGCGUACAUUAAUUUAUGUUUUACUCUGCUUUAUUUAUUAACACUCCAGCAACAAGAGCUAUCACCCCUUGCACAACUACAAUGGCAUUGACUUCAUCACAGCGCUUGUGCCAGGCACGGUGCACGUCGAGACCACGUGAAGUGUCGAAUGCUCGCUGGCAGGCGGUCACGGGACGGACACGUGUGUUACUGGUUGACUGACUGAGGUGACUAUCAGCCACCCACAGACAAAGACACAUGCAUCGCAUAUGCGUAUUUGCUAGAGACCAUGCGAAAUAACGAAUGUUAGCACAAACGUACACAACCUACAGGACAGACGCGUCUCUUCAGUGCGCUUUAAUCGAAAUGGAAACAGCAAAUGUAACCAAUUACACGAAAACAGGCUAUUACCUACACGUAUAUACACUUGUCAAUCACAGGUCACCUAUGCAUUCUUUGGGGCAUGCCUUGUGCGUUAAGGUCGUCGUACAGAUAUAAUGAUAUAAAUAUAGCCUCGCAUAUGAAGAGUCCACGUGUGGCUGCCUAGCCGUGUGUGUGUGCGUGUGUCGAUGUCAUUUUAGCUGUCGCCUCCCCCCCACGCUGCUCGUGUGCAAUUGUUCGCGUGAGACGGCGGGCUUCGUGUGACACGUGACGGGGGAAGAAUACAGUACCUUUACUAUGA